AUGGAAUGGAGAGAGGUUAAGGGACUUAAUGGACUUUCGGAUUCACUUAAUUUUAUCUCCGUGGCGAAUCCAAACGGAGGAAGAAGAUUAACAGUUUGGUGGGUUUCGUACCAAAAAGAAGGAGAUGGUGUUCUUGUUAGUAAGAUUAUGAUUUGGUGUGAAAUUUCGUUUGAGAGACGAAGUAGAGAAGAGCUUUAUGGGAUUAUGGAAUGGUCCAAGAUCUUAUAUACUUUGGACCGCAGUGAAACUGGUGGACUCAUUUCCCUUUAUGUGUUCUGCCACCGUGAUGCAUUGAUCUUGUCUUAG